ACAGUUGUUACAUGCAGAAUCUGUUACAUAUUUGUAGUGGAUCUGAUAGGGUUGGUAUUUCUGAAGCUGACGUGCCGCAUUUAUGCUCCCUUCUCCAACCCCGCAAUCUCACUCUCCAUUCUCUCUAAUUCUCCUAUGAUCCAUUCUUUCCGUGCAGCUAGAUCUCUCAUCCCUUUCUCCCCUGCCUUUGCGUACAGCUCCAAAGCCCUCCUAGCCAGGCCCUCUCGAUCCUUCAAUCUUGUCUCACUGCUUCCCUGUUGCGCCUUGAAGUUCUUAAGCGCAGCGAGAAAUGGCGCAGGUGGAGGGUGAGUGUAGGUAUGCAUACGAGCUUCUAGACCAAGGACUGUAGCUCGAGCGCUCAGUACUUCGGAUCUGGCUUUCGUAUGCCUAGCAAGAGCACCAUAUUGAGUUUGCUCAAGGAUAAGAAUAAGCGAUUGGAGCAGUUGUCGUUCCAACACAGCUUCAUUAUGCAGUAUUUCUGCUCUAGAUUUCAAUUCGUCAAUAGGUGGCGUCUUCGUAGGGUCUGCAAUUGAGCAUAGCAAACCCGCUACGACACUAAGCUGGGUAGAGAUGCUCUCCGAAAUGAUGUCAAUGUUGGAGAGAAAGACAUCUUUGUCGGCUAACAACAUCUCUUGGUCGACUAAAGGUAUUUGGUCUUUGAGCUGUGCGGUCAUAAGCUCGAUUACUGAGUGGAGUUCCGGGGGAAGAGUCGCUGAUUUCUGCGGAAGCGUGGACAGCGUUGAUAUGAGAGUUUGCGUUUCAAGAAGUUUUAUGCGAGAAGAUUGAAGGCUCUGAAUAGUUC